AUGGCACCUACAGCAUUAACAGCACCAAAACCUACAAAAACAAUCAAGAUUAACUUGGCAAGGAAUAAUCAAGUCGUUGACGUUGUAAGGCAACUAUCACCUGACCCGACCUAUAAACCCGAAGACAUCGUACAAGUUUCUUUUUCCAUGUCACCAAAGGCCACCAUAGAAAUUGCUUCCAUCGUAGCAAUAAUCCAAUACUAUUGCAAUAUAGUCAUGUCGAAUGUGAUUCACGACGUUGUAUUCGACUUUUGUCGCAUUAAACUUCCCUUCACUUGGCCUAAUAAGACCAUUCGCGAAAUUCUCUAUUUGAAACCCGAUGAUUCAGUUGCGAUUGAAUUGGUUAGUAAGGACUGUCGCUUAACAGUUUUCAAAAAGAAUGACCAUAAACGUCGAGACGACUGGUAUGACCACGUCAAGAACUGGAGGAAGGAUUUGCCACAACGUUUCCAUUUAAUGUUGAACGAAUUGGUUGAGAACGUUUCAGCUCAUGCUCAACUUGAAGACUCGAGGUUCGUCUUUACCGCUGAUUGUGGUGUUGGUCUAAAAGGCUCACUUAAACAAGCGAUCGUUUCUGAAGCAAAACAAGCUUCCGCUCGUGCCUGCGCAUUAAAUUUGACUCGCCCUCAAUUCACAUCAAAAGGUAUCGACCGAGGUCAUCAAGGAGUUGGACUUUUCAUCACUUCAGAAUUAUCACAAAUGAACAAAGGUUAUCUCGAAAUCCUCUCUGGAACUCAAGAAUACGUACAAAACGAUAAUACAGUCGUGCGUGUACGUGGUGUUGCCGAAUGGAGAGGUACGAUGGUUCACGGCGCCAUCAACACCGACAAAGAUUUUAAUUACCGUCAAGCGAUGAAAUUAUUUGCCGACCCUUCCAAGCUCUGCAAAGACCGUUUCCUUGUCGCCAAUCUUCACUUGAACGUUUAUGGUCAACAAUCCUUAAGAACAAGGGAACUUUGUGAGGAAAUCAUUCGCGAUCUUGAACUUGCUGUUGAACGUUCACCAAAAAUCAUUUUAGAUUUCACUGGAAUUGUUGAAAUCAGUCAAGCAUUCCGAGGCUUCUUACGACAAUUUGUCGUUAAUCACUCGAAAAUAAAAAUCAUGAUCAUGGUACCUCCAACCGCAGAUGAAGAUUUAAGAGAAGAUUUACAAGAGUUGAUCGAACUUGCUGCUCAAAAUUUAAUUGACGAAUAA